AUGGCCGUUGCCAUUUUUUUGGAGGUGUUAAGCAGAUGGAGCUAUGUAGAAAGAACUAUAGCCCAGUUGAUUGGGCUAAACCCUGGUGUGACAAAGCCCGAGAUUGUAGAUUUCAUCAUAGAGACACAUCGAGGCAAGGAGAGACAUAAUUCAAAGGGUUUAAUCACUGCUUCAAAGAUUACAAAAAUUGAUGAAGUGCCCAAUAGAGGCAGGCAAAAUGCUAAUGAAGAAAGUGAUAUAUUAAAAGAUUUGGCAGCAACAGUUUUAAUAUCUAUCUGGUCCACUUCUCUGCUUACAACGCAGGUCUGCGAAACCCUCGUGGAUAGGACACAACACAAGAAGAAGAAGAAGAAGAAGAAGAAGGUGGGAGAGAAAGUAGCUGAGAGGUCGACAUUCAGUAAUUUGAAAGAGGCCAUAAGAAAAACCUUGAAGAAACUAAAGGGGAAAAGGGAAAAGCUUGAGUAUAUUCCCGAAGAGGCGAGAGUUGAAGAUUCACUGUCGUCUUCAAUACGUGUUGUGUUAGCCUCAUUUGUUUCAAUCAUAUGGUAUGUGUCACAGACUGAAGGUGUGACUUUAGUUUAA